AAUUUCGCAUUCAUUCAGCUGCUGGCACAUACAUUUUUUGGGUGCAAAUAAAAAAGAUUCUGGAAGGCAGCGCGGUGAAAUGUGCUGUUUUCCAAAAGCAAACAUUUCUCCUGAUUUAGUACAAAAGAUCUCGUAUUCCGAAACUGCCGAGAAUGCUACUAGAUGGCACUGCCUUGAUAGCAAACGCUAUCUACAUUUAUUUGAUAGCGGUAUUCAGUUCGGUGGUUCUAGCGGUCACCGCUUUAAUUAUACGUGGGUUUGUGAGAAGAGGAAGGGGACAUGGAGAUAUUUCCGGGAAAAAGCUUGAGCUUGCUGUAGCUUCGAAACUGAAAUUUCGAGCAAAUGCGGAGUUUCCUUGUGCUAAUAGCACCCUAAAAGAGUCGAAAAACUUGUUGAGACGCUGGAAAAGUCGCAAUGGACAUACUACCAUAGCCCAAGUGAAGCCACAAUCUAUCGAGAUUAAUGAAGUGGAGUCAUCGGCAACAGCAAAUGAUUGUGCACCAAUUUCAAAUGACCAGAGUCUGGAAGCUUCGAUGCCGGUACGGCCUCGCAUCAUAUAUCCGUUGGAAGACUUGAAAAGCAUGAACGUGAAUAUCGCACAGUUGACUUUCGAGCCCAACAAGAUAAGACUCUCCAAUUUGUUGAUCCCCAAUAUUACAUUGCCUCGCUCGCGUAUAAUAGACAAAUACGCAAUGGACCAAGAAUUGAAGUUAGUUCAGAUCCUUUUGAAUGACCCGCUUUUAUCCAAUAGAUGCAUGGGCCUUUUUAGGGUAGUCAGCGCAACCUCUUUCAGCGAACCUUACACAAAUGCUCAACAUUUCCAUGGAGGGCUUUGCGACCUAUUGGAAACAAUCAUAGAUACUUUGGUCAUCUACAGCACAUCGGAUACUAUUCCAUCUCUUCAGCUUGCCCUUCUUGAUUUGGCUUUCGUAUUUCUCUGGGAACAUUGGAAUUGGGAUCAAGGCUUCCGAUUAGCAGUUGCUGCGAAAUUGGCUCAAGAAACUAUCGUGUCGGCUGGGGCAACAGCGGGGACCGUCACAAUCCAAGAAGUUGUACCAAAUGACAGUAUGCAUUUCAAGACAGAGAAGAUGUCCCAAUACGCUGAAUAUGAGUUUGCAAAGCACGUUGAGCCUGUUGUUUUACUGGAGUUUAGUCUUUUCAGGCUUUUCUGUAAUCUAUAUUUGGGAACUCCUGUGAUGGCCAAACCCAUAAGAAACCGUUGCAUGUUCAAGCUAAGCGGCAUUUUUUACUGUUGCGCCAGUCAGACAAAAUGCCAUCUGCAUGUUGAGUUAGCAAAGUUACUUGGGCAAGCAUUACAUUCUACUGAGCGAGACAGUAUCAAAGCAUUUUUUUACGAGGUCUUAUUGAAGGUCUUGCAGCCGCAUGUGUAUUGUUGCAUUCACCCAGACGACAUAUUUUCCAACGGCUCUAUAAUCCAAAAGCUCAUCUUCCAGGGUCUUUGGACUGAUCAGCCGCCUUCUGUGAGAGAUAAAGCAGCUGAUGUUGUGGAAAUGUUGAGUGAACGAUUCCAUGAGAUCGUUUCCUGGAACAAAUCAAUGAAAUUUACCCAUUUAAAUGAUGAACAUGGAGCAAGACAACAUGGAGGGGCGCCAGGAUCAUGGCUGACUUUUGAUUAAAACACCCUGGUAUUUCAUGGAGACUAAGGUGCUUAGUUCGAAUAUCGGUAUACCAAUCGUAGUGUGACCUGAGCAAGAGCAUGCUAUUUCAUAUUAAUUUCUCGAGCUUUGCGCAACGUACUGUAGGAAGCGUCUGUCACCGAUCUACGAUAGCAACGAGAGAGAGACCAAAUACCAAAGCACGGCUAUUGCGUUUGAUUGAGCUUUAAAGUUUGUAUUUUUCUAUUUAAAUUCACUGCUUCAUUAAUAAUGAGAUGGCACUGUCUCUCUUUAUAGAUUGUUUUCCACCAUGUGCUCUUGAAUAGCGAGCUCAUACAUUCUGUGUUGACACACAGGAAUUUCAGUGCGUUGGAACCUGAUAAUAUUCAAC